AUGGUUAAUUUAUCUUCUUUUGCAAUAUGUCUUUGUACGAUCUCUGCAGGGGUCUUCGCUGUCACACCAGAACUAUAUCAGCGCGCUGCAAGUGAUCUCAACAAGCGUCAAUCUAUCACGACCAGUUCAACAGGAACCAAUGGUGGAUACUAUUAUUCAUUUUGGACGAACGGGGGAGGUGAAGUUACAUACACGAAUGGUGACGACGGCGAGUACAGCAUUACAUGGGUUAACUGUGGCGAUUUCACAGCUGGAAAGGGCUGGAACCCUGGAAGUGCACGUACCGUUACAUACUCCGGUGACUUCAAUCCCUCUGGCAACGGCUACCUCUCUGUCUACGGCUGGACCACCGAUCCGCUCGUGGAAUAUUACAUUCUCGAAUCCUAUGGCGAUUACAACCCGUCCUCUGGCUUAACUCUCUUGGGCCAAGUGACAAGUGAUGGCGGCACAUAUAAUAUCUAUCAAACUGAGCGAGUCGACCAGCCUUCCAUUGAAGGGACUGCUACCUUUAACCAGUAUUGGUCCGUUCGUACCGAGAAGCGAGUGGGUGGAAAUGUCACCACUGCAAAUCAUUUUGCAGCCUGGGAGGAACUUGGGCUUUCAAUGGGAACCUUCAACUAUAUGAUUGUAUCUACUGAAGGAUAUGAGAGUAGUGGCUCUAGUUCCAUUACUGUGGAAUAA